ACUCACUCACACACAUUCGCCCUCAAACACACCAGCCCGGAGCUGGGCUGCGGAGAGGGUGCUCCUGCGCGCUCAGAGGACCGGGCAGUUGCCGUCCGGAGUGGGGCAGGAAGCAGAGCUAGGACUCUUGGAGGGGAGCUCCUAGGGCUUGGCCGGAUCAUGGGACCUGGUGAGCGCUAAGAAUCGCGGCCGCAGCCAUCAGCCCUGGAGAUGACCAGGAGCGGCCACUGCUGAGAACUAUGUGGAGAGAGGCUGCGAGCCCUGCUGCAGAGCCUCCGGCUGGGAUAGCCGCCCCCCGUGGGGGCGAUGCGGACAGCGCGGGACAGCCAGGGGAGCGCGCGGGGGCCGCAGCAUGCGGGAACCCGCUAAACCCGGUGGCUGCUGAGGCGGCCGAGAUGAUCGUGCGCGCAGCGCGCCCCACUGCAUCCUCGACCUUCUCGGGCUACAGGGACCGUCAGUGGCGACUAUGGGCAGAGUGGGCUAUUGGACCCUGCUGGUGCUGCCGGCCCUUCUGGUCUGGCGCGGUCCGGCGCCGAGCGCGGCGGUGGAGAAGGGUCCCCCCGCGCUGAAUAUUGCGGUGAUGCUGGGUCACAGCCACGACGUGACAGAGCGCGAACUUCGAACCCUGUGGGGCCCCGAGCAGGCGGCGGGGCUGCCCCUGGACGUGAACGUGGUAGCUCUGCUGAUGAACCGCACCGACCCCAAGAGCCUCAUCACGCACGUGUGCGACCUCAUGUCUGGGGCACGCAUCCACGGCCUCGUGUUUGGGGACGACACGGACCAGGAGGCCGUGGCCCAGAUGCUGGAUUUUAUCUCCUCCCAGACCUUCGUCCCCAUCUUGGGCAUUCACGGGGGCGCAUCUAUGAUCAUGGCUGACAAGGAUCCGACGUCUACCUUCUUCCAGUUUGGAGCAUCCAUCCAGCAGCAAGCCACAGUCAUGCUGAAGAUCAUGCAGGAUUAUGACUGGCAUGUCUUCUCCCUGGUGACCACCAUCUUCCCUGGCUACAGGGACUUCAUCAGCUUCGUCAAGACCACGGUGGACAACAGCUUUGUGGGCUGGGACAUGCAGAAUGUGAUCACACUGGACACUUCCUUUGAGGAUGCAAAGACACAAGUCCAGUUGAAGAAGAUCCACUCUUCUGUCAUCUUGCUCUACUGUUCCAAAGACGAGGCUGUCCUCAUUCUGAGUGAGGCCCGCUCCCUUGGCCUCACCGGGUAUGAUUUCUUCUGGAUUGUCCCCAGCUUGGUCUCUGGGAACACGGAGCUCAUCCCCAAAGAGUUUCCAUCGGGACUCAUUUCCGUCUCCUACGAUGACUGGGACUACACCCUGGAGGCGAGAGUGAGGGACGGCAUUGGCAUCCUAACCACUGCUGCGUCUUCUAUGCUGGAGAAGUUCUCCUACAUCCCUGAGGCCAAGACCAGCUGCUACGGGCAGAUGGAGAGGCCAGAGAUCCCGAUGCACACCUUGCACCCAUUUAUGGUCAAUGUUACAUGGGAUGGCAAAGACUUAUCCUUCACUGAGGAAGGCUACCAGGUGCAUCCCAGGCUGGUGGUGAUUGUGCUGAACAAAGACCGGGAAUGGGAAAAGGUGGGCAAGUGGGAGAACCAUACGCUAAGCCUGAGGCACGCCGUGUGGCCCAGGUACAAGUCCUUCUCCGACUGUGAGCCGGAUGACAACCAUCUCAGCAUCGUCACCCUGGAGGAGGCCCCUUUCGUCAUCGUGGAAGACAUAGACCCCCUGACCGAGACGUGUGUGAGGAACACUGUGCCGUGUCGGAAGUUCGUCAAAAUCAACAAUUCAACCAAUGAGGGGAUGAAUGUGAAGAAAUGCUGCAAGGGGUUCUGCAUUGAUAUUCUGAAGAAGCUUUCCAGAACUGUGAAGUUUACUUACGACCUCUACCUGGUGACCAAUGGGAAGCACGGCAAGAAAGUUAACAAUGUGUGGAAUGGAAUGAUCGGUGAAGUGGUCUAUCAACGGGCAGUCAUGGCGGUUGGUUCUCUCACCAUCAAUGAGGAACGUUCUGAAGUGGUGGACUUCUCUGUGCCCUUUGUGGAAACGGGAAUCAGUGUCAUGGUUUCAAGAAGUAAUGGCACCGUCUCACCUUCUGCUUUUCUAGAACCAUUCAGCGCCUCUGUCUGGGUGAUGAUGUUUGUGAUGCUGCUCAUUGUUUCUGCCAUAGCUGUUUUUGUCUUUGAAUACUUCAGCCCUGUUGGAUACAACAGAAACUUAGCCAAAGGGAAAGCACCCCAUGGGCCUUCUUUUACAAUUGGAAAAGCUAUAUGGCUUCUUUGGGGCCUGGUGUUCAAUAACUCCGUGCCUGUGCAGAAUCCUAAAGGGACCACCAGCAAGAUCAUGGUAUCCGUAUGGGCCUUCUUUGCUGUUAUAUUCCUGGCCAGCUACACAGCCAAUCUGGCUGCUUUCAUGAUCCAGGAGGAAUUUGUGGACCAAGUGACUGGCCUCAGUGACAAAAAGUUUCAGAGACCUCAUGACUAUUCCCCACCUUUUCGAUUUGGGACAGUGCCUAAUGGAAGCACGGAGAGAAACAUUCGGAAUAACUAUCCCUACAUGCAUCAGUACAUGACCAAAUUUAACCAGAAGGGAGUAGAGGAUGCCUUGGUCAGCCUGAAAACGGGGAAGUUGGAUGCUUUCAUCUACGAUGCCGCGGUCUUGAAUUACAAGGCCGGGAGGGAUGAAGGCUGCAAGCUGGUGACCAUCGGGAGUGGGUACAUCUUUGCCACCACUGGUUAUGGAAUUGCCCUUCAGAAAGGCUCUCCUUGGAAGAGGCAGAUCGACCUGGCCUUGCUUCAGUUUGUGGGUGAUGGUGAGAUGGAGGAGCUGGAGACCCUGUGGCUCACGGGGAUCUGCCACAAUGAGAAGAACGAGGUGAUGAGCAGCCAGCUGGACAUUGACAACAUGGCGGGCGUGUUCUACAUGCUGGCCGCGGCCAUGGCCCUUAGCCUCAUCACCUUCAUCUGGGAGCACCUCUUCUACUGGAAGCUGCGCUUCUGUUUCACGGGCGUGUGCUCCGACCGGCCUGGGUUGCUCUUCUCCAUCAGCAGGGGCAUCUACAGCUGCAUUCAUGGAGUGCACAUUGAAGAAAAGAAGAAGUCUCCAGACUUCAAUCUGACGGGAUCCCAGAGCAACAUGUUAAAACUCCUCCGGUCAGCCAAAAACAUUUCCAAUAUGUCCAACAUGAACUCCUCAAGAAUGGACUCACCCAAAAGAGCUGCUGACUUCAUCCAAAGAGGUUCCCUCAUCAUGGACAUGGUUUCAGAUAAGGGGAAUAUGAUGUACUCGGACAACAGGUCCUUUCAGGGGAAAGAGAGCGUUUUUGGAGACAACAUGAACGAACUCCAGACAUUUGUGGCCAACCGGCACAAGGAUAACCUCAAUAACUACGUAUUCCAGGGACAACAUCCUCUUACUCUCAAUGAGUCCAACCCUAACACGGUGGAGGUGGCCGUGAGCACAGAAUCCAAAGUGAACUCUAGACCCCGGCAACUUUGGAAGAAAUCCAUGGAUUCCAUACGCCAGGAUUCACUAUCCCAGAAUCCAGUCUCCCAGAGGGAUGAGGGAACAGCGGAGAAUAGGACCCACUCCCUAAAGAGCCCUAGGUAUCUUCCAGAAGAGAUGGCCCAUUCUGACAUUUCAGAAACGUCAAAUAGGGCCACGUGCCACAGGGAACCUGACAACAGUAAGAACCACAAAACCAAGGACAACUUUAAAAGGUCAGUGGCCUCCAAAUACCCCAAGGACUGUAGCGAGGUCGAGCGCACGUACCUGAAAACCAAAUCAAGCUCCCCCAGAGACAAGAUCUACACUAUUGAUGGUGAGAAGGAGCCUGGUUUCCACUUAGAUCCACCCCAGUUUGUUGAAAAUGUGACCCUGCCUGAGAACGUGGACUUCCCAGACCCCUACCAGGAUCACAGUGAAAACUUCCGCAAGGGGGACUCCACGCUGCCAAUGAACCGGAAGCCCUUGCAUAAUGAAGAGGGGGCUCCCGACAACGAGCAGUAUAAACUCUACUCCAAGCACUUCACCUUGAAAGACAAGGGUUCCCCACACAGCGAGACCAGCGAGCGAUACCGGCAGAACUCCACGCACUGCAGAAGCUGCCUUUCCAACCUGCCCACCUAUUCAGGCCACUUCACCAUGAGGUCCCCCUUCAAGUGCGAUGCCUGCCUGCGGAUGGGGAACCUCUAUGACAUCGAUGAAGACCAGAUGCUUCAGGAGACAGGUAACCCAGCCACCCGGGAGCAGGUCUACCAGCAGGACUGGGCACAGAACAAUGCCCUUCAAUUACAAAAGAACAAGCUAAGGAUUAGCCGUCAGCAUUCCUACGAUAACAUUGUCGACAAACCUAGGGAGCUAGACCUUAGCAGGCCCUCCCGGAGCAUAAGCCUCAAGGACAGGGAACGGCUUCUGGAGGGAAAUUUUUACGGCAGCCUGUUUAGUGUCCCCUCAAGCAAACUCUCGGGGAACAAAAGCUCCCUUUUCCCCCAAGGUCUGGAGGACAGCAAGAGGAGCAAGUCUCUCUUGCCAGACCACACCUCCGAUAACCCUUUCCUCCACUCCCACAGGGAUGACCAACGCUUGGUUAUUGGGAGAUGCCCCUCGGACCCUUACAAACACUCGUUGCCAUCCCAGGCGGUGAAUGACAGCUAUCUUCGGUCGUCCUUGAGGUCAACGGCAUCGUACUGUUCCAGGGACAGUCGGGGCCACAAUGAUGUGUAUAUUUCGGAGCAUGUUAUGCCUUAUGCUGCAAAUAAGAAUAAUAUGUACUCUACCCCCAGGGUUUUAAAUUCCUGCAGCAAUAGACGCGUGUACAAGAAAAUGCCUAGUAUCGAAUCUGAUGUUUAAAAAUCUUCCAUUAAUGUUUUAUCUAUAGGAAAACAUACGUAAUGGCCAACGUUCUGGAGGGUAAAUGUUGGACGUCCAAUAGUGCCCUGCUAAGAGGAAGAAGAUGUAGGGAGGUAUUUUUUUGUUUGUUUGUUGGCUCUUUUGCACAUGGCUUCAUGCCAUAAUCUUCCACUCAAGGAAUCUUGUGAGGUAUGUGCUGAGCAUGGUGAGUCCUUAACCAAAAAUAACUAACUACAUAAGGGCAAGUCUCCGGGACAUGCCUACUGGGUAUGAUGGCAAUAAUGAUGCUUUGGAUGCCAGUGGUGAUGUUAUCAUUUCCUAUAUUCCAAUUUCCAUUAAGGUCAGUCCGCCAUGUAACUUUCUCAUCAGAAAUGCCUAAUGGUUUCUCUAAUUCAGAAUAAGCAAUAUGGUAUGCAUGUAAACCUGACACAGACAAAAUAAAAACAGUUAAGAAUGCAUCUGCACUGUAGUGAGAUUGACAUGUGCAAAAGAUUAGGAAGUGUGGCUCGUAACAGUUUCAGCUUUCUCAUUAUGCCUUCCAUCACAGCCCAGGCUCACCCCAAGAACUCCAGGCUCCCCCAAAGAAUAGCAAAUCAGUGUGUUCGUGGUGACUAUGCUACCUUCAUUAUAGUUCAUUUCCAAGACACAUCUGGAGCCAAAGGCCCGAGGGACCCUCAGGUGGAGAGAGCUACAGGAGUCUCUUUGGAUGUUGAUGUGUGUUUCUCUCACCCUCGGCUUCGGUGGUCUUGUUCAGAGCUGCAUAAACUAAUACAUUUAUGUCUCCGAGAUCUAAGUGUGGAUCUUCUGUCUGUGACACAGUGGCCAUUGUAGUUUAUCCCGAAGACGCCUAUGUACGUAAGUUUGCAUUUCC